CACUGGCACUGGAAGUGGCACACUGGGUCCAUUGAUUCGGAUGAUACCCGCCUACAGUGAGACCUGGACCAAUGGGUGUCUGUGUGGUACCUGUGUGAGGCUCCAUUGAGACUUUACUAGAGGCUUUUACUGUGGUUGGCACUGAGCCGAGGACACUUGGUGGGACAGAGGAGUCGGGUUGACUUUUAACAUCACAUUUGAAAUACGUUGUGUGUGUGUUUUUACUCAUCAAACAUGGACCGACCGAGCCUCCGUAGACUGUUUUCUGCCUGUGAUGUGAACAAAUCGGGUAAAAUCGAGUUCGAGGACUUCACCGCUGUCUGUCGCGAGCUCAACGUCCCCGAGACUCACAUCAGAACUCUCUUCGACAAGUUCGACGCGGACGAGGACGGGUACAUCGACUACAGCCGGUUUUCGUCCCGGUUUCAGGAGGUCUCAGAGACUUUGGACUUGGCGGCUCUUGGAGCUGGGUCGUCCCCAAACCAGGGCUCACCAUGGGAGGACUUUGUAGGCAGGACAGAUGCGGCGGCUCUCCUCUCAGACAGUCUCAGGGAGCAGCUGGCUGAUCUUUACCAGGCCAUUCACUCCUCUGCAAACACGACACUGCUGCAACAGUAUGAAGAAAUCAUCCACUCUCUGAUCAGUCAAAGCCUGGACAACAGACUAGAGUGUGAACAGCUGGAGACCAGUAUAAAGCGAGCUGAGGAGAUGAACAACAGUCAGCUGGCAGAACUGGAGGACGAUAUACAACAGCAGCUUGCCAGAACGGAGGAGAGGGUGAGAGACGAGGAGCGCAGGAAGAUGGAAGGAGUCAUGACGACCAUGCAGAGGAAGCACGAGAACGAGGUUGCAGACCUGCGUGCAGCUGUGGACAGACUGUUAAAGCACCAGUAA